ACCAAAACGCCCAGGCUAGGCUACCAUAUUUCUUUGAAAUUUCAGUUUGGUACAAAAGGGGGUUGAUCGUCGCGUAUCGUCGGGACCUGCUUUUAUCCAAACUUCACAAAGCAGCAGCUCGCCCAGCGCCCGGUCCCGUGCAUACAACGCACCCACACCCCCUUGUCGUUUCCGCAUCUGCACUUCGGGAUCAGCCGCGCACACAACAAAGAGGCCAAGGCCAGAAAAGCAAAAAGAAGCAAAGAAAGCAAAAAAAGAAUCCACGCUCAAAAAAUGCUGGCCAUCAAAAGUCUCUUGCUGCUGCACGCCACCGCAGCAGCGGCGCUCGACAUCCUCGUGCCGCUCUACAUCUACCCGAGCACGGUGUGGAACGACAAUGCGUCCGAGUGGCAGUCGCUGCUGAGCACGGUGCGGGCCCACCGCGCCGUGACCUUUGACGUCAUCGUCAACGCCGACUCGGGUCCCGGCGCCGACCUCGCCGACGUCAACUACGCCGCGGGCAUCACUCUCUUGAAUGCCGAGACCAACGUCCGCACCGUCGCCUACGUGCACUGCGACUACGGCCGCAUCGCGACCGACGCCGUGAUGGCCAACGCGACGCGCUGGAGGUCCAUCGGCGGCGGCGCCGGCCUGGACGGCAUCUUCUUUGACGAGACGCCCAACGUGCACGACUGGGCCAGCGUCUGCUCCGAGCAGGCGGGGUGCUCCGCGGCGGAGUACAUGGCGCACCUGGCGCGGCGGACGAGGGCGGCCGGGUUCGGGCGCCUCGUCUACAACGUCGGGCAGCAGGUGGCGCCGGCCAACGAGGCGGCGUACCUGCGGGACGCGGACCAGAUCAUCGCGUUCGAGCAGUCGUGGGAGGCGUACAAGGCCACGCAGCCGCUGGUCGCCGGGCUGCCUGGGUCUGGGGCCGGCGCGGCGGGCAAGAGCAACAUCAUGGUGCACCACUUUGACGGCACGCUGGGGGAGCUCGAGGCCGAGGUGAGGAGGAUCGCGGCGGAGCCGAGGGUCGGGUCGGUCUGGUUCACGACGGUCGAGUAUCAGACGUACGACACGCCGCCGGCGAGCGUGGAGAACCUCGCGAGGAUUAUCGAGGCGCUCUGAGGGGUUAGGUGGGGCGAGACCAUACAAGGAUGCAAGGGCAGUUACUGGAGAAGUAAAGACAGUUGGGUGGAGACAAAAAGCGACAGAGAAUAGAAAUAAAUGAUGCGCCCCAGUACCAUUAUACUGCUGGGGGUAUUAGUAUAAAGUUCCGUUGUCCGGUUUUCUAUAUAUACAGAAGCGAAUUAAAAAAGCAAUGCCCAACGAUAGCAUGACGCAGAGGUAGCAGGCAGCUAUUUCUAAAUUAGCGCCAAUUCAGA